AUCUCUCUGCUGGACAGCAAGAGACGCUGCUUCACACACACACACACACACACACACACACUGCCAACAUGCUGGGGACACUCUGCACUCUCCUCACUGCUCUGACAUGUGGCAGUGCUGUGACUGUAGUCACACAGACGCCUGCUGUUGUCACGGUGAGGAAAGGAGAGUCGGCCACUCUGCACUGCAAUCUGGGGACUGUGACUGGCAAUGGUCCUAGGUGGUAUAAACAGGUUCCAGGAGAGACUCCUCAGUACAUGUUGAGGUUCCAUUAUAGUUACAGCUCUGCCCAAUAUGGCUCUGGAUUCUCAUCUCCUAAAUUUGACUCCAAGUCUUCCUCUGAGACUGAUUACAGUCUGAUCAUUAAUACUGUAGAGGUGGGAGACUCUGCUGUGUAUUACUGUAAGACAUAUGAUAGCGGACCUGUUGCGGUAUCACAGUGGCAGUGCUGUGACUGUAGUCACACAGACGCCUGCUGUUGUCACGGAACCACUGUGGUAUUCGGACCAGGCACCAAGCUCAUUGUCACUGACCCUACACCGCCAACUCCAUCUCUGACUGUCUUCCCCCCGUCCAGUGAGGAGCUGCAGGGGGACAGUGUGAGGGUGGUGUGUGUGGCUGAGGACGUGUCCGCUGGCCUGGCUGAUGUCAGCUGGCUGCUCGGUGGGAACCCUCUAAUCAGUGGCAUCAGCACCAGCUCUACUCAGCAGCAGCCCAACGGCAGGUUCCGUCUCAGCAGCAUCCUGACCAUCCAGACAGCUGUUUGGACCAGUGGCAAAGACGUGACCUGUCAGGUGACCAGUUCUGGCUCCACAGCCUCCAAGACCAUCAGCCAGUCAGACUGCUCUGACUGAUGCAACAGGGAAGCCUAACUCUGCAUGUGCUGUCCCUAUUAGCGAGCUUUUCUAGAGUGUGCCUCAUAGUAUGAUUUUUGUUUUCACAGGAUUGGUGUUAAAUUCCUUAAGACUUAAAUAAUUCCUUUAAAAAUGUGUCUUUAACUCUCUAAUUUUGUUCAAAU